GAAUAACACAAAACAAGGGAAGUUGGAUGGUGUUCUGCCACUUUUCCUGACGGCAAUAAUUUCAAGAUCCAGAAAAUUGCUUAUUGAAAUUUCUUUUCUUCAGUCAGAUCUAUGACACAUUUGUUUCUUCAGUAUAAUACUGUCAAAAUCAUUUGAAUCGUCGAAUUCACUUUGAGGUUGGCAGUAAAUUAGAACUUGCCAGCGAAGCUUCUAGUAGAAAGUUCCAAAAACAGUUGAGGACUUCUGGUCAACUCUGCUUGUGAUAAUCUAAAAUAGCUAAAGCUCCCUAUUAAAUUCUCAGUUCAAGAAUUGCUCACAACCUAUUUGGAAAAAGUCCAACUUGGAGAAAAAGUUGAAAACUUUGAGAUAAAGGGUUGUGAUAAUUUUGGAUUUCUUGAUUAAAUUCAGCUCAAUGGGUAAAGGAGGGGGUUGUAUGCCAACCAAGAACAAGUUUCCUAUAAAUGAACCAGCAGAGAGACCAGUGAGUCAAACUGAUAUAACAGGGUCAGAAGCAGAAGGGUCCAAGAAGUUGAGAAUAUUCAUUGUGUUUUAUUCAAUGUAUGGACAUGUUGAAACAUUAGCUAGAAGGCUGAAAAAAGGGGUUGAUGGUAUUGAAGGUGUUGAAGGGGUUUUGUAUAUGGUUCCUGAAAUUUUGGCACCAGAUGUUUUGGAACGAAUGAAAGCCCCCCCAAAAAAUGAUGAGAUUCCAGUGAUAUCUGUGGAUGAGCUGGUGGAAGCUGAUGGAUUCUUGUUUGGAUUUCCUACAAGAUAUGGAUGUAUGGCAGCUCAGAUGAAGGCAUUUUUUGACUCGACGGGGAAGUUGUGGAGAGAACAAAAGCUUGCUGGAUUGCCUGCAGGGUUCUUUGUCAGUACUGGUACACAAGGAGGUGGGCAGGAGACCACCGCCUGGACAGCAGUCACUCAAUUAGCUCACCAUGGGAUGCUCUAUGUUCCAAUAGGAUACACGUUUGGAGCAGGAAUGUUUAGAAUGGAUUCAAUAAUUGGAGGUUCUCCAUAUGGAGCAGGAACUUUCUCUGGAGAUGGUAGCAGGGAACCUAGUGAACCAGAGUUGGCGCUGGCCGAGCACCAGGGCAAGUACAUGGCAAUGACAGUUAAAAGAUUGGCUCAGCACCAUUCCUUACGACCUGAUUCCUGCUCGACCCUUCAGACAUAAUGAAUAAGAGAUUUAUAACAGCUGCUUUUCCUUAUUAUGGAGCAUCCUUCUCUAUGAUGGGUGGUUUCUUCCUCUUCUCCUUGGUAUAUCUGUGCCACAAGUAGUAGCUGCAAAGACGGCUGGAAUUAUGAAGAAUCAAGUUCAAGUUGCUCCCGUUUCUUACAUUUUAUUACUUAUGGUAUUUUUGGGUUAUUUGUGCAAAGGUUAUCGAAUUGAUAGUAUUGUUGCAGUGUAAGUACAGCAUUGUACCCAGUGUGAUCCCAUAAAUAGGAAGAAAUUAUUUUUAGCAUAACAA